AUGGAUAGUGCUGACGAUUCGCCGUUUGAAAUCAUUAUUUCUGAAGAUGGAGCUGGAAGGUUGCGGGAUCAAGUGAAAGAAAAGCUAUUUGAGUUUAUAGGAGAAUACAAUGUUGAUCCUGUCGUGGAAUUUGUGAUGCGCUUGCUUAAAAGAGGGGGACGAAAAGAGGAAGUAAGGAAUUGGAUGAAUACCUUCUUGGGUAAUGAUAAAGACUCCUUUGUUUCUUGGUUGUGGGAUCAUUUACAAUCAAACCAAGAUCUAUACGCACAGUCAAAAGAAUCUCAUCCCGAUGAAGUGGCGAAACAUAAACCUCAAGCCCAGCAAGCUACAGUCAAUAGUCCAGCAUCCCAAGCCCAAGUCCAAACUCAACCAGACAAACCAAGAUCGCUCAUUGACACUGUCAACUAUCUGUUGUGUACUGAACCUUGCAGGAAUAGGGUUGCGCAACUUAGGGCACUCAAUUCUAAAAUGAUGGAUGAUUACAACCGUGUCAUGGAAAAGUACAUCGGUCUUCGAGAGAACAAUAAAAUUCUCUAUGAAAAGAUUGACGCACUUAAGAAGGACAUAGCUCAACUUCACAGAGACGUGAAUCAACAGCAAUGUUGGGGUGAGCUAGAGCUCCUCACUGGAAAGUAUAAACAAAACGAGUUAAACAUUAAAAAGUUUGAUACUUCCAGUGACACUGUUCGUAAUCUGUGCGAUGUGCAACUUGCUUAUAAAGAAAAUACGGGUAAGGGUUUGGGCUACAAACAGGUUCCACCGCCAUAUAAUCAUAAUUACUCAAGAAUGCCUACUACUGAGCAAGAACAAGAAAAUUAUGAUAUAAUGAUUUAUGGUAAACCGAGUGAUUAUGUGCCAUGGGAGCCUUUCAAACCAAAGAAUGCGAGACCCGCUGAUUUUCAAAAACCAAUGAAUUUUGUUAAAAAUGCGGAUCAAAAUUGCUCAAAUGAAUCGGCUGGCGAAUCUGAAAAAGAAAAUGAAACAGAACCAGUAAAAAUGUCAACUGAGGAGCACCAAGAAGUUAUGUCAAGUUCUGAUUCCGAUUCUGUAGAUAACAUUAACUGUUUUAGUACAUGUGCAGAAUCAGUGACAGUUGAAGAGCAGUCUGCAGUAGAUGAUGAACCACAUUCAAUCGUUGCUGAUGUUGCUGAUGAUUCGGAUGCUGCCAAACCCGAUCAUUAUGCUUGGAAUUAUGUUAUGUCUUCAUUUGCUGAGGCUCAUGGUGUUCCGACUAGAACUAGUGAAUCUGGUGCUGUGAUUUUAGAUCGCAAUGAAAACAACUAUUCUAGUGUGCCUGAAACAUCAGAUGAUACAUCAGAAACUCAAGAAGAGGGAUCAUCUAAUGAACCUGACAGUCAAGUUGCAGAUUCUGGUACAUCAGACAACGAGCGUAGUACUUCUGAGAAUUCUGAAUGUGCCAAACACUCAGAUUUAAGUAGUGCAACGCCCGAAGAGAGUCAAACAGUUUCAAACAUAGACUGCUCUUCGCAUGAGAAACCAGAAUCAGCUGAUGUCAAGGACUCGGAGGUUGACGAAGCUGAAGAAAAGAUUUUCGCAGAAUCCAUUUCUGAAGAAACUAAUGGGAUCUCGAAGAUUGAGGAAAAGAGGUCCAUAGACAUUAAUUCGUCAGUUGAUUCAAAUGAUGAAACUGAAGAAGAGAUAUUUGUGGAAACCUUUUCUACCAAAACUCCUGAAAAGAUGGGUUCUGAAGAAAAGGAAUCUGUGGAAGUAAAUUCAACAGAUAAUUCAACUUUUGACCCCAAAAGAUCAGACUCUGAAGAAAGUGUUUCUAAUGAAACAAAAUCUCCUGAAUCUGUUCCUUCUAAGAAGAAAAGAUCACGUAAAAAUAGAAGACCACGCAAAAAGAAAGUUCGAAAGGAAAACCUAAGCCUCGGGCAAACUGAACCUAAGCUGAAGGGUAAAACUGUCGAUACUUGCUCUUGUGCUGAUAACUGUAAGCAGGGUUCUUCAAAGACAAAACAUACACACAAGAAGUCAGCAUCAAAAGAAAAGAAAGGACUUGAUCAGUUCCCUGGAAUAACACAAGCAGAACUAAAUGUCUUUUUCUCAAAGAGACAAACAUGUUUUAAUUGUGGAAUUCCAGGGCACAUUGCUAGAAAUUGUGUUAAUCGGCCUUUCGUGCCUCACUACUCUGGUAACACACAUCAUCAGAAGGCUAUGCAUUAUUGA